AUGGGUUGCGGCUCUUCUAAUGCUCAUGAUCCAAAGUUGAAAGACUAAGCAAAUAAAGAGAAAGUGGAUCUUAAGAAAUCAGAAAAAAAAGAUGAAAAAUAAGACAAAAAUAAAAAAGAGUAAGAAAAAAAAAUGAAAGAAAAAGAGAAAGAAAAAAAGAAAAAGAAAAAUGAAAGUGAUGAAGAAGAUAAUCUAUAAAAAGGACUUUAAGUAGCAGAAGAUUUAUAUAAUCAUAUAUCAAAAAUGAAAAUAUUAGAGUGA